GUGCAAGAUCCAACAGAAAAUAAACAGCCAUUCAAGCUUCAUGAACUUGACCUCAGCAACUGUGAUUUCAGCAAUUUGGGAGCAGAAACGUUGGCACGGCUGAUUGAAUCAAAUGAUACUAUAGAUACCCUCCAUUUGUCCACCAAUAAGAAUGUAGCAUCAGAUGGCUGGGUAGCCAUAGGGAAAUCCCUGGCUAAAAAUAACACGAUUGAAACUCUUAUUUUGGACCAUAAUUCGAUUGGUAAUGAAGGGGUGGAAUACAUUGCGGAAGGCUUGCAGGAAAACUCCUCUGUUACAACUUUAGACUUGAGUUUUGCGGGCAUUGGUGAGAGAGGUGGGGAGUCUUUGAUGGACAUGCUUAAGAAAAAUACCAAAAUUAUUGACAUAAACUUGACAGGAAAUGAAAUGUCUCAACAACUAAAGAAUGAUAUUCAGAAGUAUCUGUCCCUAAAUAGAGCAAUACAUUAA